AGUGAAGAGGCGAUUCUAGUGUUAGAUGAGCGGGUUUGCUGUGCUUUAAAUCAGAGCGCUCUUUCUUUCUCUCUCUCUCCUUCGCUCUUUGUUUGUCCUGCACUGUCCCUGAUUUCAGCUUCAGGCUUUAAAGUGAGAAGACAGAAGAACUGAGAGUUUCUACAAGACAGCAAUACCUGGACCAAAGGAUAUCCGGACACCUCACAAUGGAUGGAUUGAGGACAAAGUGUUGAGUUUUAUAUACAGCUGUCCCUGGACAAUACAGAGGAGUGUUGGGAUGUCGUGGCUGCUGUGGGUUUGGGUUAGUCUGACAGUCCUGCUGAUGUGUGAGGCUACUUUCUACGAGACCAUCCAGCAGCACCUGGCGCCACCUGGAACCAACAUACAGAUCCUCGAAGGAGGGACAUGCGAGGUGAUCGCGGCGCACAGGUGCUGUAACAAAAACAAGAUUGAAGAGCGAUCUCAGACAGUGAAGUGCUCCUGUUUACCUGGGAAAGUGGCAGGAACCACCAGGAACAAACCCUCCUGUGUUGACGCCUCCAUCGUGAUUGGGAAGUGGUGGUGUGAGAUGGAGCCGUGUCUGGAGGGAGAAGAGUGUAAGACUCUACCAGACAACUCCGGCUGGAUGUGCUACUCCGGAAACAAGAUCAAAACCACCAGGAAUACCCACAAAUACACAUCCUUGUAGCAGAGGUAGAAUCACUGCAAAGCUCAAAAUGGAGGAACUUUGAAUGAAGGGAAACAUCCAAGAGGACAAGCUGAAAUAAGUUUUUCCAACUCUGACCCAACAGCCAUGCGUCUAAAGACUUGAAAUGGAAUCCUCGGCUCAUAAAUCCAUCUGUUUCUGAGUUAUACGGACACCAGACUCUUUAAGAAAGUCUUUGUGGGCGUUGAACACUGCUGUCUCCUUCUUCCUUCUGUUUUUGUUUGACAGCUGUCAAAUAUUCGUUUCCUCUCAGUGGAUAAUUAAACUCGUAUCCCUUUGUGUGGAGUGCACUCAAACCAGCUUUACCUUGCCUGAAAUUAUCUGUAAUACUCUUGGAUGUUACUAUGUCUCCGAAAGAACAUUACUAGUGAAACUGGGUUCCUGUUCAUGUGGAUUUUCAGAAAGGGAGUGAUCCUCUUCAAGCAACUUUAUUACAGACACAAAAUGCAGAGGAAUGACUGAUCCUGCUCGACUGGUCUGGAGAUGUUACUGGAACAUUAUAUAUGACUGAGCGGGCUCUGAAUGAAUUAUGGUGUGACACUAAAACCAAAUAAGUCUUUGAGCAUGAUUUCUGGAAAGUUGUAAAAAAUAGUAAAUGAAAGAAAUGUUUUACAUAAAUAAAAUGAAUUCAAAAGAGGU